CCACUUCACCUUUCCCCCCCCUCCUUGCGACUUCGAACCUUCCCCCUCUUUCCCCUGAAAUAAUUAUAGGUUGAUUGUCUUUGUUUCUUUAUCUGUUCUCAAUUCCAGUUGCCCGCCAUGGCUGGAAAAAUGACGUUGUACAAGCUGGUGGUGUUGGGAGACGGAGGUGUUGGAAAGACCGCCCUUACCAUUCAGUUGUGUCUUAAUCACUUUGUCGAAACAUACGAUCCAACCAUCGAGGAUUCAUAUCGCAAACAAGUCGUGAUCGAUCAACAAUCGUGUAUGCUCGAGGUGCUGGACACAGCGGGCCAGGAAGAAUAUACCGCGCUACGAGACCAGUGGAUCCGGGAUGGCGAGGGCUUUGUAUUGGUGUACAGCAUUACCUCACGCGCCUCCUUCUCCCGCAUCACAAAAUUCUACAACCAAAUCAAGAUGGUCAAGGAAUCGUCAAGCUCCGGUUCCCCCUCCGGUCCCAGCUAUUUGAACUCGCCCAUGAACGCCUCAUCGGGUCCUGGAAUGCCCGUCCCCGUCAUGCUAGUCGGCAAUAAAAGCGACAAGGCAGUCGAGCGCGCAGUCUCAGCACAGGAAGGCCAAGCAUUGGCCAAGGAGCUGGGAUGUGAGUUUGUCGAGGCAUCCGCGAAGAACUGUAUCAACGUGGAGAAGGCUUUCUACGACGUUGUCCGCAUGCUGCGUCAGCAGCGACAACAGGCGGCAGGUGGCCGCGCAGACCGUCGCCCGCCGGGCUUUGGAUCAGGCCACCGUGAUCGCGACGCAGGCCCCGAAUAUCCCAAGUCCUUCCGGCCCGACCGGUCGCGACAUCGCAGUCGGCUCCAGUGUACUCUCUUGUGAUCGGCCGGGUCCGUCCGGGAGGCGUUGGAUUUCUUGCUCACUGAAAUAAUGGCUGUUUCCCUUUUCUCUCUUCCUCUCUUCCUUUUGGUCCCGGGUGCAUCUGAAGGGUGGUUCUAUCUUUUGGUUACCUCGUUCGGCGUCGGUGGUCCUUGCCAUGCUACAUCUUUUACGCUCGCAUUCUGAAGAGCUUGAGAACUGGCUUGGGGAUUGAGGCCAGUGUCUGCAAGCCUUGAGCGCAACCUUUUGUUUUGUUUUGGCUUUUGUUUUGCUCUUUGGAAAUGCACCAGGCAUGCAGACUGGCUGUCUAAAUUUCCACAAGCUCCCCUUCCUCUUUUUCCUUGACGAUCGUCUCUCUUCUUCGGUCUCUGCUUAUUUGAUAAGUUGCGAUCGGGAGGAAUCUUUCGGGACACGACUCGGAGCACCCCCGAAAGAAACCAAAAAAAAAAUUCCCAGGCGACGAAGCCAGAAGAUCGCAGUCGCGCAUUAGCAGGCAUUUCGAUAUGAUACCCUACGACUGAGCUUGUUUUAUUUGAUUCAUUUUUCAGCCAUUUAUGCGAUAUAGACAAUAAAGGUCAAAUUUUUUUUUUCA